GGGCCAACAUGGCGGCUACAAAAUUUGCAUGUCUGAUGUUUUGUUUAGCAUCAUUUUCACAGCAGUUUAGCGCCUCCAGGCUUCUCAACGAACCGUGUUAUAAACCCAUUAGAGACGACAGGCCGGACUUUGUCAGGACGCAGGCCCGGCCGCAUGUAGAGGUGUUGAAGCUUCCUCCGUCAUGGGACUGGAGGAACAUCGAUGGGAAGAAUUAUGUGAGCGUCACGAGGAACCAACACAUCCCCCAGUACUGUGGCUCCUGCUGGGCCAUGGGAGCCACCAGUGCGCUAGCUGACCGCAUCAACGUCAAGCGUGGAGGAGCGUGGCCGUCGGCGUACCUCUCCGUGCAGAACGUGAUAGACUGCGGGAGGGCAGGUUCCUGUUACGGAGGCGAUCACCUGAGAGUCUACGCCUACGCGCACGAAAGAGGCAUUCCUGAUGAAACCUGCAACAACUACCAAGCCAAAAACCAAAAGUGCGAGCUGUUUAACCAGUGCGGCACGUGCUCCUUCUUUGAGUCGUGCGCUGUUGUGAAGAACUACACCGCGUGGAAAGUCGGAGACUACGGAGAAGUUUCUGGGAGAGAUGAGAUGAAAGCUGAAAUUUUCACCGGCGGACCCAUCAGCUGUGCAUUGAUGGCGACUGAAGGCCUGGAGGAAUACUCCGGAGGGAUUUUCUCCGAGUUUCACCCUCUCUCUCUGCCAAAUCACAUCGUGUCUGUGGCUGGGUGGGACGUGGGCGAAGAUGGGAUUGAGUACUGGAUCGUCAGGAACUCCUGGGGAGAGUUCUGGGGAGAACACGGCUGGGCGAGAAUUGUCACCAGUGCAUUUAAAGGAGGAAAAGGCAACUGGUUCAACCUGGGUAUUGAGAAAAACUGUGCAUAUGGAGACCCUAUUGUAACAUAGGUGCUUAAUUAAGGUGAUGAAUCUUACUGAAAUAACUGUGGAUAGUUUGGAAAAUUUAGGGAACGCUUUCCUCCUGUGCACUAAAAUCAACAUGUGCAAACAACAAUUUGCUGUUUAAUGUGGGUUUAUUUUUUGAAAGUGCUUCUUGGCUGAGAGCAGUAAUGUCCUGAAGCUAGUUCAAUCCAAGAAAUUGUUUGGUAACAUCUCCCUGUAAAAAAAACUCAAUCACAACAUGUUAUUUAUGCACUUUGGUUUCUGCAUAAAAUAAACAGUAUUACAAAGUCGCAGUGCACCCAGCUCAGAAUCUUAAACAUGUACAGACAAUACCAGCUCUCACUAAGUAUACUUCUUAGUGUUUAUUUAAGAACAGGAAGAACACAUUUUGAGCUCUUAUCUGUAUUCAGCACUACCAGCUUAAAGAAAGUCCUUCCAUUUAGGAUUUUCAGCCUUCACAGGUUGUCUGAGGAUCAAGCUCAGACACGGUCUCUAGCAACAAGAUAUUUGUCGAUGGUUUAGAUACAGCUAAAAACAUAUAACAGAAUCACUUAUUAACCCCUAAGCUUCCCUCUUAGAGAGACUUGAAAAUCUCUUAAACAUGUUUCCAUUAAAAAAAUGACAAAGUGUAUCAUUAAACAUUAGCACAUUUUAUUUAAGCUGUUUGAUCAAAGAUUCACAGAUCUUUGCAAAUAAAUGGGCCAAAAAUCUGAGUGGUAAAGUGGUCGACGCUGAUUGCUUCGGACCUCCUCAAACAUAUUUAAAUUGUGAGGGGAUUGGAAGAAAGUUCAAAGUUAAAGAUGGACUCUUUCUUAUAGAACCAAAUUUGUGGUCUACUUGUUAAAAUGCCCAAAUGGGCUGAUGAUAGCAUAGGAAAACUCUACAAAAUUGUAAAAUGUCUUUGCUAGCAGUACCAUCAGUCGUUAUCAAGUCGAGUCACUUUUAUUUGUACAGCAAAUUUUACAACAACAGAAGUUGAGCCAAAGUGCUUUCCAGGCAGGUGCUGUUGCGUUCCAGGUCCAGACGUUACAUUGGUGCAGAACUGUACCCUGUCUGUGUGGUCAGAGUAUGCAGAUCUCGGAUAAAGGCACUGAUGCCGUUGACU